AUGGCAAUGGCCGAUAUCGAUGAUAUCUUAGGCCGACUGACCAUUGACGAGAAGAUCUCGUUGGUCUCCGGCACUGACUUUUGGCACACAGCCAGUGUCCCCCGGUUGGGGAUUCCCGCCAUUCGAGUGUCUGAUGGACCCAAUGGAGUGCGGGAACAAAAUUCUUCAAUGGAAAACCUGCAGCUUGCUAUCCUUGUGGUAAAAACUGCAAUCGGUGCAACAUGGAAUACCGCCCUGGUAGAGUCACUGAGACAAUUACAAGGCCAAGAAGCGAUUGCUAAAGGGAUUAAUCGGGUUCCCGGCCGUAUCUUUGGAACUGGGUACUCCCACCUCCUAGCUGCGCUCUUCCCAUCCGCAACUCUAGGCGGGUACGCUAAUUCCCUCUACUGGGUCAUCCUGAUGAUUGUUCCUGGAGACUUGACUACCCAUGCAUACCUAAACGAUUUCUACCGCCCCUGGCUGUUUUGGAUCGAUCUCAUGCGCUACUUCUUCGGCGCUUCCCUCGGUUCGGUCCUUCACGGCGUUGCGGUUGAGUGUUCCUCGAGUGAUCUCGUCGUAUUUGAUGCUCCUCCAGGCAGUACUUGUGGCUAG